GUGUUGAGGCAGAGCCACUGUGGGGGUUUGCAGGUGCUGUGGGGUGCACCCUUCUCCCCAAAUAACACUUUCUUCUUUUCAUUUGCUCAGCUGGUGACAGGAGUAUUGGAAGGAGGAUACAAUUUCUACUGUCAGGAUACACACAGUGGAGGAGAAGCUGAUAUGAAGAUCAUACGUGUCCUCUGGUGGUAUUAUUUCUCCAAGCUCAUUGAGUUCAUGGAUACCUUCUUCUUCAUUCUGCGGAAAAAUAAUCAUCAGAUCACUGUUCUGCAUGUCUACCACCAUGCAACAAUGCUGAACAUCUGGUGGUUUGUUAUGAACUGGGUGCCUUGUGGUCACUCUUAUUUUGGUGCCACACUGAACAGCUUUAUCCAUGUCCUCAUGUACUCCUACUAUGGAUUGUCUGCUGUUCCAGCAAUGCGUCCUUAUCUGUGGUGGAAGAAGUACAUCACUCAGGGGCAGCUGAUUCAGUUUGUCCUGACAAUCUUCCAGACCAGCUGUGGUGUUGUUUGGCCAUGUGCAUUUCCUCAGGGCUGGCUGUAUUUCCAGAUUUCUUAUAUGAUUUCUUUGAUUAUCCUCUUCACAAAUUUCUAUAUUCAGACUUACAACAAGAAGGCAUCCUCGAGGAGGAAAGAGUAUCAGAAUGGCUCCACAGCCACUGCCAACGGGUACACAAACAGCUUUUCUUCCCUUGAGAACAAUGUGAAACAAAGGAAACAAAGGAAGGAUUGAAGCCCAAACUGAAAAACCAUUUUGAUAACCCCCAACAAUGAAAUCAUCUGAUUGUAAGCACAAUGAGAGUUGUGCACUAAUACUCUAAUGGCUACUGUAACUAUUCCUGCCUAGAAUAGUGUGAUUUAUGUAGGACUUAACCAGUGCAAACACCCUAGAAAACUGUAUCCAGAACAUAAAAGUAGGUUAAAAGUGUAAAAAUAACUCUGGGCUGUCACUGACCCCGCUAUAGACUGUGGAAGGGAGUAUUAUCAUAGUACCCAACACUGCUGUUGCCUUACUAGUCGAUAUGAUAGGUGCUGAACUAUGAUUCACAAUUUGAGAACACUGUAAUCUAAACCUCCAUUUUUUUUACUAUAGGUCAUGCAUGUGAUUGUAGAGGUGAUUUGUAUGAUGCUGGUUUCAGUAGAUAAACACAACAUGCCUUAAAUUUAAAAAAAGCAGGGCCCAAAGCUUAUUACUGGUUUAAAAAAACAAAAAAUUAAAAAAAAAAAUUAGGGUAUGUUCUCAACUCUUUGGUUGACUGACUUUUUAUUAAAAAGUCAUUUAGAAGAAUCCAUGGAUCAUUUUGCUGUUCUGUGUGUGAUACAUGAGGUUGAGUAUCUCCUACGUGACACAGUGAAAUUGGAAAUGGCUCAGUUAGUUUUGUAUAUUUGGCUUUAAUUGACUAAACCAGUCACAAACUAGAUGGAAAAAAAAAGUUAUUUUACCUUUUGAAUAGAUCUUAUUUUUUUAUUUGAGGUAUGUCACUAAUGGCAAAGGAAUUGGCUCUUACACAGUCCAGUGAGA